CUAGAUCAAGAUGAGUGGUGGAAAAGAAUUGGUAUUGAGCACUUUGAGGAGGGCUGCUAGCCAAGAAGCAGACACACUGAAACCUGCAGAGCAACAACUUCAGGAGUGGGAAACGGAACCAGGAUUUUAUUCCACUUUAGUUGAGAUAUUCUCAGAAUAUAACUUAGAGUUGAAUGUUAGAUGGCUGGCUGUUCUGUAUUUCAAGAAUGGUGUUGACAGAUAUUGGAGAAAAACUGCACCCAAGGCAAUUAAUGAGGCAGAAAAGACACAGAUUAGAUGUGGUCUUCUUCAUAAUCUGCGAGAACCUGUCCCACAAGUGGCUAUACAGCUUGCCGUACUUAUAGCCAAGAUUGCUCGUGUGGAUUGUCCCCGAGAAUGGCCAGAUCUUCUUCCUGCUCUCUUUGAGGCUGUUAAGAGCAAUGAUCAGCUUGUUCAGCAUCGCACUCUUCUUACUUUGCAUCAUGUUAUCAAACAACUGGCAUCUAAGAGAUUGGCAGCUGACAGGCGUACCUUUCAGGAGUUAACAAAUCAGAUGUUCUCGUUCCUUCUGGAGUUAUGGCAGUCUGAAACAGAAACUUUCCUUGCCGCUGGAGGACAAAACAUAGAGAUUGUGGUACCAAGCCUAGAGCAGUCACAUCUUGCCCUCAAAAUCCUUCGUAAGCUCAUUAUACAUGGAUUUAAGAAGCCUGAAGAGAGUGAAGAUGCUGUUUUGUUCAUGAAGAGCAUAUUUGACCGUGUGAAAGUGAUGCUGACUUUCCGGAAACAGUAUGAAAAUCACGAGCAUGUUAAAACUAUUUCUGAGAAAUAUGCAGUGCUUUUGACAAAAGUGUUGCGUGAUGUGCUAGAAAAUUUCCCUUUCUCAUAUUUACAGUUCAUUAAACCUAGCUUGGAACUGACAACUUAUUUUGUGUUUACACCUGCAGGUGAUGGAUUAAUUUUUGAAAGAUUUACUGUGCAGUGUCUCAAUUUGAUUAAAGCUAUUCUUUUAUGUCCUGAGUAUAAGCCAUGCAAAAUCAUAGAGGACACUAAGGAUCCCCAGACUCUAGAAGCCUUUGGAACCAAGGCAGAGUUCUUCACUAAUUCAGUUUUAGCAGGAAUGUGUCACAAACUUGUUUCCCAUUACUUUUUACUAAGUCAAGAUGACCUUGAAGUGUGGGACUCUGAUCCUGAAGGAUUUUGUAUGGAAGUAGAGGGAGGUGAAUCAUGGAAAUAUAGUCUCAGACCAUGCACUGAAACACUAUUUGUGUCAUUGUUUCACGAGUAUAGAAGUGCUCUUAUUCCGGUGUUGAUGGAAAUGGUGCGAUCUUCUCAUAACCCUGUUGAUCCUAGUGAUUACCAUGGAAUUCUUCAAAAGGAUGCUGUAUACAAUGCUGUUGGUCUGGCUGCUUUUGAACUUUUUGAUGAUAUUGACUUCGAUCAGUGGUUUACCUCUUCUUUGAUAAAUGAAUUGAAAGUGAAGGACUCAAACUAUCGCAUAAUUAGACGCCGUGUUAUUUGGCUUAUUGGACAAUGGACAAGUGUAAAAUUUUCACCAGAGCAUCGACCCACACUGUAUGAAGCAUGCAUUCAUCUCUUGGCUGCUGAUGAGGAUUUUGUAGUCCGUCUGAGUGCUGCCAUGACACUCAAACAUUCGGUGGAUGAUUUUGAGUUCGAUGCAGAGCAAUUCAUGCCAUAUCUCCCAACUAUUUUUGGCCUUUUAUUCAGUCUUCUAAAGGAGGCCCAUGAAUGUGAUACUAAAAUGCAGGUGUUGCAUGUAAUGUCAUUCAUGAUUGAAGUAGUAGGAGUGGGUAUCCAGCCUCAUGCUGCUCCUCUGGCCCAGUAUUUACCCAGCUUGUGGGAAGAAUCUGCUGAUCAUAAUAUGUUACGUUGUUCUAUCUUGACUACACUUGUGCAUAUGGUCACUGGGCUCAUGUGUCACACUACAACAGCAUCAGAUGACUUGGCCCACAGUUGACCAGCGUAGGCAGUGAGUCCGCAGACAUCACCUACAAUUGUACUUCCUGGUAGUCCUGUAAAUACUCUAAGGCCAGCAGAAGCACACCGUAAGGUGGUCUGGUGAGCACUGUCUACCGCCUCCAAGACCAGUUGACACACACCGCAAGAUGGUCCAGUGAAUACUACUAGCAGAACACACUAUGUUGCGAGUUCACUGAAUGCGGCCAUCAAGUAACUGAGGCCAUUAAACUCAGUGAGCUGCGGUAAGCGCUUCUUCUAAAGCCAGUAGAAGCCAGUAGAUAUACCAUAAGAUGGUCAGAUGAAUACUCUCUACUGCCAGUAGAUGUAAACCGUAAGGUGUUCUGCUAAUUACUGCUUCUAAAGCCGGCUCAGCAGUCCCCACAUUGGGUUUGAUGACGUACCCUUGGUACUGCCAGCCGGCAGGUUAAGCAUUUAACUGCUAGUUUGGCAGGGGGCCGUCACAUUCAUACAAAAAAAAAAAAUACAAAAUUUACUGUUAUGCAGGCUACUGCAUUAUUGUAAAACUGGUAUAUAUAAUAUCAGUGCACUA